AGGGCCCAUCUUACUAUUAUGAGUCACAGCUGGAGGUGACACAUGUUUCUAUACCGAGCCUUGGAAGCGUCAGGAAGAGGGCGGGAAUAAAGUCUGGUUUGGGAGUUUGGAGGCAGUCGGAUGUCCAGCGCCAGGCACAAUAAGUUGUCCUUGAGAUACCGCUGACAGUAAUGGAAAUGUUGAGUGUAGGAUAUUCAAAGAAGAAUAACAGUUAUUUUCAAUUCUAAGUAAGUUACUGUCUUGUCAAAAAGUUUCAACUGCCGUUUUAGACAGAUACGAGGGACACAACUAAAUCAAUGAGUUCUGAGAACGACAGACGCGACGGUUCAGCUGGACUCAGAAAUGGAGGUGCAGCGGUGAAAGGAUUUACCCAGAAGGUCCAGUCUUCUCACCCAUCCUUAAAUGAUUCACUGGAGGGGGAAGUUCAAGCCUUCCUCAUUGAUGAAGACCAACUGCACACUUACGAUGACCUUACCAAAGUUAACCCAGUGACCCCAACAACAGUGCUGAAAUGUCUGCAGGCCAGGUACAGUGUGAAAGUCUUCUACACCCAUGCUGGCUGUACCUUGGUGGCUCUCAACCCCUUCCAGCCCAUUCCAGAUCUGUACUCUCUGGAUGUGAUGAAGGAGUAUCACUAUGCUCUUCAGCCCCAGGAGUCCAAACCACAUAUCUUUAUUGUGGCGGAAGAGGCCUACAGGAACAUUCAGGGUCAGCUUGAGCCAGUGAACCAGUCCUUGGUGGUCAGCGGCGAGAGUGGAGCUGGAAAGACAUGGACAUCUCGUUGCUUGAUGAAGUACUAUGCCACUGUGGCAGCCUCAUCUUCAGUGAUGAAGAGUCAGGAUACAGUGGAGAGGAUAGAGCGAAGAGUGUUAGACUCUAAUCCUAUAAUGGAGGCUUUUGGUAAUGCCUGCACCCUUCGCAACAACAACAGCAGUCGAUUUGGAAAGUACAUCCAGCUUCAGCUCGACAGGCAUCAGCUGUUAGUUGGGGCUUCAGUGCAAACGUAUUUGCUUGAGAAGACCAGGGUGGCCUGUCAACUAGUUAAUGAGAGGAACUUCCACAUCUUCUACCAGAUGAUGAGAGGAGCUACAGAGGAGCAGCGAAAUGAGUGGAAGAUGUCACAUGACCAAUGUUUUGUUUGGCUGCCGAAUUCUGAAAAAGAGAUUGAGGAGGAUCGUUUUCAUGAGACAAUUGAGGCAAUGUUUCAUCUGGGAAUUGAUGCAGAAAAUCAAAGACAAAUAUUUAGGAUUUUAGCAGGGAUUCUCCAGCUGGGGAACGUGAGUUUCUCCCCCUCAAAAGAUGAAUCAAACCCAUGUCAACUUGAUAAACAAUCUGAAGAUUUCUUGCACAGAGCUGCUGAGCUGCUGUGUGUCUCUGCUGAAGAGCUUCAGACAUGUUUAAGAGUGAGAACUCUGAAGGCGGGGAAGCAAAAUGUGCUUAAGCCCUGUCCCCAGGCAGAGUGCAGUGUGAGGAGAGACUGCCUGGCCAAGGUCAUCUACGCCCAAUUGUUUGAGUGGCUGGUUGCAUUAAUCAACAACAGCAUAUGUGCAGACAAAUCCACAUGGUGCAACUUCAUAGGAGUCUUGGAUGUGUACGGCUUUGAGUGUUUUCACUGUAAUAACCUGGAGCAGCUGUGCAUCAACUACGCCAACGAGAAGCUCCAGCAGCACUUUGUGGCACAUUAUCUCAGAGCUCAGCAGGAGGAAUAUCUAUCAGAGGGAUUGGAGUGGUCCUUCGUUAAAUACCAAGACAACCAGAGCUGUCUGGAUCUUAUAGAAGGGACCCCGAUCAGUGUGUUUUCUCUUCUUAAUGAGGAGAGUCGUCUUAAUCGUGUCUCAGAUGCAAAAAUGUUGAGGGUCCGUUUGGAGAAGGAGCUCUGUGAUAAUACCAACAUCAGCUGGGACAAGUUCAGCAAGGUGCCACACUUCACUGUGGCCCAUUAUGCAGGCAAAGUUAACUACCAGAUAGAAGGCAUGGUGGAGAAAAACAAGGACCCAGUACCAGCAGAGCUCCUUAGCCUGCUGCAGAAGUCUGACAACUCUCUGCUACACCAGCUCUUCACUGACAAGGUAACGGAGAACCCAACCACCAAGGGGCUCAGUAAAGUCACUGUGGUCUCCAAGUUCAAGAACUCACUGGAGAGCUUGAUGAAGAUCCUGCACACCACAACUCCUCACUACACUCGCUGCAUUAAACCAAACCCUGACUGCAAGCCGAUGACCUUUAAAAAAGAAGAGGUUAUCAUGCAGUUGGAGGCCUGUGGGAUUGUAGAAACCAUUCAUAUCAGUGCGGCUGGUUUUCCAAUAAGAAUUCCUUUCCAAAGCUUCAUGCAACGUUAUGGACUGCUUAAAAGAUGUUCAAGAACAGGGGGUCAGGAACUGAAGGCUGACAGCAACAACACACCUCAGCUGGAGGUGGAGAAGCUUCUCAGCGUGGCGCUCCAACACAACCCGUCCUGUGAUAAACGCAGCUCAUUGGUGCACUGUGGAAAGACAAAAGUUUUUCUUACUCAGGAGAUGCUAGAUUUAUUGGAGAAUCAGAGGAAGAAGAUACUACAUCAGUGUGCCUUCUCCAUCCAGUGCUGCUGGCUGCGGUAUCAGCGUCGCAAACACAUCACCCGGCGACAGUCUGCUACUUUGAUCCAAGCAGCGGUGAGGUCUUGGUUGGUCAGGAAGCGGGUCCGGAGAUGGAACAGAGCAGCUGCAGUGAUUCAGAACACCUGGAAGAAAUGGAGGACACUUCUGAAAUCGUUGGCUGACGUUGAACUUGAUGAUGCAAAGGACAUCGAGGAGGAGGACGACCAAGUUUUGAACCCUGUCGUCAGGGAACGGGGCUCCGUGCAGCUCUCCAGCAUCCCGGAGCCUGUUGCGGUGUGCGGUUGGCCUAUGGGCCUGGCUCUGGCCUCUGCUCCAUCCAUAACAGUUUCUCUCACAGCCACAGGCUUCCAGAAGAUGAUGUCUGUGAUGACUUCGCUCAAUCUGCCAUCCAGGAGAGGAGAGUACAAGGUGAAGACCAACCAGUACAAGCAGGGGCUUGCCUCCAUACGGGCUCAACCCAAAGGAUCUGUAAAGCUGCAUUAUCAGCGAUCUCCACUUCUGUAUGCAGACCGACACCCAGACCUGAAGAGCGAUGUGACAGGGUUCAAUGAGAUCCUGCUAGAGAAAACUUUGUGAGAUUUUUUUUUUUACUUCAAAAUAAAAGUUAUAUGGACGCGGUCAUCAUCCAACAGACACGAUUGGCAAUAAAGCUGCUGUUUGUCAUAAAAUAACACAAAAGAAACAAACUUAGUUACAACAAACCUGGUUAUACUUCCACUUUGCAUCUAAUUUAGAACACCAAGUCUAACCUUUUUGUAAUUCAAGGAUCCAGAGAUUUGCCAGAAGUCCCACCUUUGUAUAUAAUAAUGUUGAAACUGGUGGUUGGGUACAAUAACGCAGUGUUAUGAAGUCAAAAAUCAUCUCUUUGAGAUUGAACAAGUGAGAUUUCUAAAGCUCUUCUCAGAACAUGUGCAAUGUGUCUAACAUAUAAAAAGUGUGAUGAUGAUUAUGUCAUUGCAGAACAAGACAAACAUGGAUUUAAAAAACGAAUUAUUAUCUUGACCUGAAAGUAUGUGGCACAAUAUUUACCCCUCUACCAGUCAGAGGGCUGCCUCUGCGAAACAUCUGCCUGAGGAUCAGUGUUUUAUGCUUUGUGACAAGUGCCCUUCUUAAAAUCUAAACUUAAAUUACAAAUGAGCUGUUGGUUGAUAUAUUUAUUAGGAAGGUUAUUUAUUGAAUAGAUUAAUUUGGUUGAAUUGAGAUUCACAUUUAGUAAUGUAGUUUGUUUUAGAAAUGUAAGUAAGCAAGAUUUGCACAAGAAUAUUACAAACGCACACACGUUCACUAGCAGCAAAAUGACGUGAAGUGGGAGACACUACACUGAAGUUAAACAGGAAAAUUAUGAAACAUAUAUAUUCAACUUGCUACUUUUUCUUAGUAUAUACCAUGAAAUACUUUUUUCUAUCAAUCAGGUAUCUGACAUGUCACAUUCUGUGUAAGUUUUCAGUUCAAAUGAAAAAUAUACCAAAGUCUUCUCUACCAAAGUGCAGUGUUAACAUGGGGAACAAGCUUGUUAUAAUGGCGAUAUCAAAAUUAUGAAGCUUUAUAUUCAGCGUUAGCUAAAGUAUUGCACUGAUAUAUUAUCAUGUAUGAAAAAAAUGCAUGUUCAUUCUAGUUUUAAAUGCAAUGUAUAACUUUCAGGGAAAGCUUUAAUACUUCAUAAAGUGGUUUCUUUUGUCCAUUUUUCUCAGCUGUGGUAAAUGUGUCAGAUUCAUUGUAACUGAGUUGCAACUUUCAUUUUUCAUCUGUUUUUGUAAGUGGCACCAAGAGAUCAAUAUAUACAAACUUGAAUCUAACUGAUCAGUCACAACAUUAAAACUCUCUGAAUAACAUUGUGGAGCUUCCUUUUGGGGAAUUUAACUCAGGACUUUCAUGGUUAUCCUGUCGUUUGACACGAAGAAAUUCCUUUGGGUCCAGUGAGUUGUAAAACUAAACCUCCACAGAUAACCUGCAGGGGCGUGGGAGUGGGUUGUGCUAUACAAGCUGUGUUUGUGCAGCUUCUGUGGUAUGGCAGGAUCUUUUGUCCAACUGUGCGAGUAUGUUAUUCAGUCAUCAGCCUGUGAUUGGUUCUACUGUUGUGGCUGAUCUCUAUAGGUAAAUAUUUAAACUGUUUUGUCGAACUGAAUGGCCAUAUUUAAAAAAAUAAAUAAAUAAAAAAUACAAACUCUUAAUAGCCUGAACUGUGGUGACUCAGGAAAUGUUUAUAAAAGUUUACAUUCAUUUGCAUACUGUUAUAUACAUACUGUGUUAGGCAAGGUGGAAUAGAAAUUGCUAAACAUGCAUAGCAAGUGUGGUUUAAAAAAAUACAAAAAGGGAUGCAAACAGAAUUUUACAAAUCAUCAUCACGAGAUGUGAAUGCUUUUGUUUCAUUUUCAACUAUUUUCAAACACUGAUCUGAAAAUUCAUUAAACAGAGGUUCCUGCA